AUGAGUAGCAUUUAUAUAUUAGAACCACCCACAUCCGGAAAAGUGUUAUUAAAAACAACUGUUGGAGAUAUCGACAUAGAGUUAUGGUCAAAGGAGGCACCGAAAGCUUGUCGAAAUUUCAUCCAAUUAUGCUUAGAAGGUUAUUACAAUAAUCUCACGUUCCACAGGGUUGUAAAAGGUUUUAUAGUCCAAGGAGGUGACCCUAAUGGAGAUGGUACAGGUGGGGAGUCUGUAUACGGGGAGCCAUUUAAGGAUGAAUUCCACCAACGUCUUAAGUUUGUUAGAAGAGGUCUGGUGGCCAUGGCAAACGCAGGAAAAGACGAUAAUGGAUCACAAUUUUUUUUCACUUUGGGUCCUACACCGGAGCUCCAAAACCUUCACACUAUUUUCGGGAAAGUAACUGGUAAUACGAUUUAUAACAUGCUAAAGCUAGAAGAGGGUUUAUUAGAAGACGAGACGCCGGUGUAUCCCCAAAAAAUCCUAAAAACUGAAGUAUUACAUAAUCCAUUCACCGAUAUAAUCCCGAGAAUCAUUAAAACUGCGGAAGUGAAGGAGAAAAAGAAGAAAGAGAAACGAGCUGGCGUUAAGUAUAUAAACAUUUCGAUCAUUUGCCAAUUAGAUUCUUAUUUAUUUUAUUUUAGAGAUUUUAAAUUGUUAUCUUUUGGGGCAGAAGCUGAAGAAGAUGAAGAGGAGUCAUCAAGGGAAAACAAAAAGUUUGUAGGAAAAGGAAAAUCAACUCAUGAUGUCUUAGAUGAUCCAAGUCUGAGUUCAAAAACGAACGAACCUGUGGAAGAAGAAGAACCAGAAGUAAAUCCCGAAGAACAGCUAGAAAAUAUAAGAAAAAAAUUACAAGCCGCUAAAGAAUCCAAGGCAAAAAAUCUCAAACGACCUCGUAAUGUUAGCGAAUCGAAACCUAAGGAAAAUAUUCCAGAUGAAGAUAAAGACUUGGAGGAAUACUACCUUGGAAAGGACCAGCAACUGGAGAAAGAGAAAAAAAUAAAAGAAAUUAAAGAUGAGAUCCAAAACAUUAAAAAAGACUACCAGAAAAAUAAGUUGAAGAAAGAAGAGUCAAAAACUGUAGAAGAAAAAGCGGAAGAAGUUAAAAGCGAAGUAGUGAAAGUCUACAAAGAAGAAUACGAUUCCUACAAAGUAAAAAAACAGCAAUUACCCAAAAAAGGAAAAGACAGGGAAAGUUUCACUUUAGCUCUGCUAGAUAAAUUCAAAACAAAAUUACAUUCUGUCAAAGAAAAGGAACAAAACAAAAACGAUGAAGGUACAGAAGAUGAAGAAUCCUGGCUUUCUCACAAUCUCAAAUUCGAAGAUGGCGAUCCGAUUUUAGCGAAAGAUGCAAACACGAAGAAUGACGAUUGGUUCGAAAUAUUCGAUCCCAGACAUCCCAUCGCCAAAAGGAGACGCGGUGAAGGCGGUGGGGGCUCAUCAAAAACUAACAAAUAA